AAACAUUCACCUGACAGAAGUAGACACAUAUACAUGUAGCGCUGCGCUCCAUUCACCUUGAGUCGUGUGUCACAUGUAAAUCGGAAUUUAACUCAAUUUUUGUAACAUUAGUUCGUUCUGUCCCUGUGAUUGUGAGGAGUCUUGCGUGGUUCGUUCAGUCGCCAGUUUCAGUAAAUCGAAGCCAUGGCUGAUGAGGGUGAAGGCGGCAAGGAGGGUGAAAAGAAAAUCCUCCACGUCUAUCCUUUAGUAAAGCACUCGGACAUGAAUGAGGAAAUGCGACUGGAGGCCAUUGAACUGAGCAUCACUGCGUGCGAGAAAUAUUCGUCAAACUACGAGCAAGCAGCCAGGAUCAUUAAGGAGACCAUGGACAAGAAGUUCGGCAUCUAUUGGCAUGUUGUAGUUGGCGAGGGAUUCGGCUUUGAGGUAUCGUAUGAAACAGAGAACAUUCUGUACCUAUUCUUCGCCGGCAACUUGGCCAUUGUGCUGUGGAAGUGCUCUUAGAAGAGCGUUCAGCGUGUCAGCAAUCAACCGAACGUACCUAGAAACACACCAAAGAGAAGUUUAUUUUUGUAUUAACUUGAGUUUUACAUGAGCACACAUAAUAUACAAACAGCGUACA